GAUGCAGUGACAGUGGGGAUUCCAGCUGGCUUUAGCGGGUAGUCGGCUGGUGCUCGACCUUAUCCUCUUUCAUUUUCCUUUUCUUUUUCCUAGAAACUUUUAUUAUCAUCAUUUUUCACUCCCCUAAUGGAAAACCUUUUUUUUUUUGCUAUUCGAAAUUAUUAGCUGAACUGAACUCCCAGUGUUUAUUUUUGUACUAUGAAAGUAUGAAUAUUCAAAUCUCGUGUGGGCUGCGGGGAUCCUUUGGUGGCUGUGGCUGUGGCUGUGGCUGUCUGUCUUUCUAAGUUCCGCCGCUGCGGAGAGAGGGAGAAAAAUAAAGAAGACGGAGUUUAUAAUGUGACGGCCGAACCAGCGAACACGAAACCCUAGAGAGAGAGAGAUUUUUCGUUAUAUUUGUAUUCUUCACGAAAUAGAAAUCCAAAAACUAAUAAUUUUCUUGCUUUACCGAUCGAAAAGGAGAAAGGAAAAGGAAAAGGAAAUAUUCUCGUUUUACACUGUUUCAAGAACAAACGAGGUUGGAUAACCGGGCUUCGGUGUCUGUGUGGAUCACACUGAAGCAGCUGUUGCUCUGCUCCUGCUUCUUUUCAACUUUGAAGUUAUAAGGGCAAUCAUAGCUUGCUGAGAUCUUUUUUGCGAUUCCCUUCCAUUGAGAAAAAAUGAUGUCAAGAUCGUAUACCAAUCUGUUAGAUCUUGCGUCCGGUAAUUUUCCGGUAUUGGGCCGUGAAAGAAAGCGUCUACCAAGGGUAAUGACAGUGCCGGGUAAUGUCUACGAGCUCGAUGACGAUCAGGCCAAUAGCGUUUCAUCUGAUGUUCCUUCGUCGGUCGCUCAAGAUCGAAUAAUCAUCGUAGCAAACCAGCUGCCCGUGAAAGCCAAGCGAAGGCCCGAUAACAAAGGCUGGAGCUUCAGUUGGGAUGAAGAUUCGUUACUGUUGCAGCUCAAGGAUGGAUUGCCUGAAGACAUGGAGGUUAUCUAUAUUGGGCUGUUGAAGGUGGAAGUGGAGGCGAACGAGCAGGACGAUGUCUCUCAGGUUCUGCUCGAGAAGUUCAAAUCUGUACCUGCUUUCCUCCCUUCGGAUGUCUUCAACAAAUUCUAUCAGGGUUUCUGUAAGCAGCAGCUCUGGCCUCUGUUUCAUUAUAUGCUCCCAUUCUCGGCUGAUAAUGGUGGAAGGUUUGAUCGUACUCUUUGGGAAGCAUACGUUUAUGCAAAUAAACUCUUCUCACAGAAAGUGAUCGAGGUCAUCAACCCAGAAGAUGACUACGUUUGGAUUCAUGACUACCAUCUCAUGGUGCUUCCCACCUUCUUAAGAAGGCGCUUCAACCGUCUUCGAAUGGGUUUCUUUCUCCACAGCCCAUUUCCUUCGUCUGAGAUCUACAGGACUCUACCUGUCAGGGAAGAGAUCCUCAAGGCGCUGUUGAAUUCAGACCUGAUUGGUUUCCACACUUUCGAUUAUGCUCGUCAUUUCCUCUCAUGUUGCAGUCGUAUGUUGGGCUUGGAUUAUCAAUCCAAGAGAGGUUACAUUGGGUUGGAAUAUUAUGGAAGGACAGUUGGGAUCAAGAUCAUGCCCGUUGGAAUCCACAUGGGUCAGAUUUCAUCUGUGCUUAAACAGGCUGAUGAGGAGUGGAGGGUUGCAGAGCUUAAGCAGCAGUUUGAAGGGAAGACUGUGUUGCUUGGCGUUGAUGAUAUGGAUGUCUUUAAAGGGAUUAAUCUGAAGCUCUUGGCAAUGGAACAGAUGCUCAAGUUGCACCCCAAGUGGCAGGGAAGGGCUGUACUUGUUCAGAUUGCGAAUCCUGCGAGGGGUCGAGGGAGAAAUCUUGAAGAGAUACAGGAAGAAAUACAGGCAAGUUGCAGGAGGAUUAAUGAAGAAUUCGGUGGACCUGGUUAUGAACCGGUGGUGUUCAUUGAUAGGCCUGUUUCGGUUAGUGAAAGAAUGGCAUUCUACACUAUUGCCGAGUGUGUUGUCGUCACGGCUGUGAGGGAUGGUAUGAACCUUACUCCGUAUGAGUAUAUCGUGUGCAGGCAGGGAGCCUCUGUAGCUGGGUCAAGUUCAGUGUUGACAGGGCCAAAGAAAAGCAUGCUGGUGGUGUCAGAGUUCAUUGGGUGUUCUCCUUCACUUAGUGGAGCGAUACGUAUAAACCCAUGGAAUGUUGAUGCCACUGCGGAAGCAAUGAACGAAGCUAUUUCAAUGCCAGAUGCUGAGAAACAGCUGAGGCAUGAGAAGCAUUACCGUUAUAUAAGCACCCAUGAUGUGGCUUUUUGGGCACGAAGUUUCUUGCAAGAUAUGGAGAGAACUUGUAAAGAUCAUUUCAGGAGAAGAUGUUGGGGAAUUGGAUUGAGUUUCGGUUUCAGGGUCGUGGCACUUGAUCCUAAUUUCAGAAAGCUUUCCAUAGAUGACAUUGUUGCAGCAUACUCAAGUGCUAAGAGCAGAGCCAUACUGCUGGACUAUGAUGGCACUGUUAUGCCUCAAAGCUCCAUAAACAAAAGACCAAGUCAGGAGGUUAUCUCCAUUCUUAACACACUAUGUGGCGAUGAUAAAAAUAUGGUUUUCAUUGUUAGCGGAAGAGGGAGGGAAAGUCUGGGAACGUGGUUUUCUACAUGUGAGAAGCUCGGGAUUGCAGCAGAGCAUGGUUACUUCUUGAGGUGGCCACUUGACAAUAAAUGGGAAAUCUGCGGGCAGGGUACCGAUUUUGGGUGGAUACAAAUGGCUGAGCCUGUAAUGAAAUUGUAUACAGAAUCUACCGAUGGUUCUUCCAUUGAAACCAAGGAGAGUGCGUUAGUUUGGCACCACAGGGAUGCCGACCCGGGCUUUGGAUCCUCCCAAGCAAAGGAGCUUCUGGAUCACCUAGAGAGUGUGCUAGCAAACGAACCGGUUGCUGUGAAGAGUGGUCAGUUCAUUGUCGAAGUGAAGCCUCAGGGAGUCAGCAAAGGUCUCAUUGCAGAAAAGAUCUUCACUACCAUGGCUGAGAAAGGGAGGCAAUCAGAUUUUGUGCUAUGUAUCGGGGAUGACAGAUCAGAUGAGGACAUGUUUGAGAUAAUCGGUGAUGCUAUGAACAAAAAUAUCCUUUCGUCCCAUACUGCUUUAUUUGCCUGCACUGUUGGGCAGAAGCCAAGUAAAGCCAAGUAUUAUUUGGAUGACACAACUGAUGUCAUCAACAUGCUGGAAGCUCUAGCUGAAGCAUCUGAUUUGACUUCCCCCAAAUCAUCUGAUUCAGCAUCCCCCAAAUCAGGAAUUGAAGGAAAGCCUUGAUCUCUUCCUUCAGUGCUUCCUUGUCUUGAGGAACACCCCUGUGCUUUGUAAAUGAAAAAAGUUGGGAAGAUUAUGGAGGCCUGGAACUGCAGGAGGUGAUUGUCAUUUGCACAGCUUGGUUGAGUGAAAAAUUUAUUGAAUGAUUCUUUGUUCCUAUUGUGCUUUGGGCGGUGGAUUGCUAAAAGUGGAAACACCGGCAGGUUGGAAUAAACCAGUGAGUUAAAAAGCAGUGAAGGGUACUCACUGAUGGCGGGAGUAUUUCUGCUGCAUCAGCUCAAACAUUUUAAUGGGUUUAGCCAUUGCUAAAGCUUUAUUAUUGUGGGAAGACUUGUCUCAACUUAAAGAAAUGCCAAUUUUUUGUGUGUGUAGCCUUGGUGCACUUUCAGCUUCUUAGCAAGGAUUCAGAUAACAGGGUUAGAAGAUCCUUUAUGGCUGCCAAGAAACUCGUGGAAGGUGAGGAGAAGCAGGAAUUAUGCAUAUAUUGGCUGGUUGUUAGAAUGUAAUGUGGAAUAUAUUACUGAUAAUAUAAUUGCUAAUUUUUUUUUUUCGGCUGAACAAUAUAGUUGCUAAUUUUUGCACUUCCAUUAUUUUGAGUGAAGUUGUAGCUUUGUUUUA